AUGGCAUCCCUGUUCUCACGUGCGAGGUUGGCGACGCUCUCCAAGCUCGCCGCCGGCACCGCGGUCGCGGUCCCCACCGGCUUCUACUUCUGGACGCGGCGGUGUGUCUUCGACGACGGGUUCUCCCCGGCCACGGAUCCCGUUUUCCAGCACCCCUUCCUGAAGACGGUGAACCCAAGGGGCAACCCCGUCUUCCACGACUCCUACGUCCGGACCGUCCCGUUCGACGACAUCAGGCCGGACCUGCUGGAGGAUGCGCUGGACGGCGGAUCGAGACUCGUGGAGACGUACUCGGCGGGCGUCUGGGGCAGAUAUGGAUUCAACGCCCAACGGAAAAUCUUGGAGAUGGCUCGCAAGAACGAGGCCAACGCAGGUGACCUCUGGGGAAAAGAAGACCUGCUGAGGAGCACAUAUCAAUACGUGUCUCAACUCACCUCUGCAGGCACAAUCCUCGCCGACGACUUCAUCGUCGUCGACAAGUCCCCCGGCUCUCUCAUGCUCCGCGGCGGCCUCUCCCCGAGAGUCGCUCCGGACGGACCACGCGAGUUGGACACCAUCUGCAAUCUCACGACGGAGCUCGACCCGCAGACCCGCGUCGCGAGGUUCGCUCUCCAGUCUCUCGUCCUCGACGGGGUGAGCGAGGGCAAGGCUGCGCCGCUGGGGGGCGUUGCCGUGUUCCUGCACCAGCAGUAUGCCAAGUUGCUGUUGACCGCCGGCGUGGAUCACUGCAUCGCGUCAUGA